AUGUCAUCGUCGUGUAGGCAGGCCAUCCGGCCGCUUCACCGAUGCCUGAACAGAGUCGCCACGCCCCUGCCGAUACGGAGAAGUCUUUCAACGACGCCCGCCCCUGCCGCCGAAGUGUACAAGGUGUCGCGCGAGCGCCCCGAGACUGUCGACCCCGUCGAGCUGGACCCCAACACGGCCGUCGCGCCGUGGGCCGAGAAGGAUCUGUGGAAGGCAGGCACACCGCCCGUUGGUUCGAGACGUCGCCGUUAUGCCAUCCGCACGAGUUCAAACAUCCCCUUUGAGCAGCUGCCCUACCAGGCAUUCCAGGAGGCGCGCAAGAUCCUCGCCGCCGAUCGCGAGGAGAAGCUCCGUGCUAUCGUGAAGGAGACGGAGGCGAUCAAGCUGUUGGAGGGCUUGAGUGGUGAUCAGGUUAGGGGAGGAGAGAGGAUGCGUCAGAUGAGGCUGUCCAGUCUGCGAAAGCAGGUCGAGAGAUUGAAGAUUCUGGCGGAUAUCAACGAUCCCGCUGUCAAGAGGCGGUUCGAGGAUGGGCUCGGUGACAUGAGCAAACCCAUUUACCGCUUCCUUGCCGAGCGCAAGUGGCAAUCCUACGAGGCUAAGAUGAUUGAGCAGCGUAUCCAACAGCUCAACAUCAUCCCCGAUAUUCUCCCCAAGAUCAAGCCGACCUACGACGUUCAGCUCUUCUUCCGCCGCUCCAAGGUCCCCCCUGGCAAGAUCCUCCCCAGCAACAUCUCCGAGGUGCCCCCGCGUCUGCGCAUCACCCCCUUCACGGCAGGCGAGCGUCUCGUCUCCAUCGUCAUCAUGGACUCGGACAUACCCUCCGUCGAGACCGACGGCUUCACCAAGCGCUGCCACUACCUCGCCGCCAACAUCCCCGUCUCGCCGACAGCGACGUCCAUUCCGCUCUCCAAGAUCCGCGACGAGGCCCAGCUCGCCGUUCCCUACCUGCCCGCUUUCGCGCAAAAGGGCUCCCCCUACCACCGCCUCUCCAUCUUUAUCCUCGAGCAGGGUGACCAGAAGCUCGACACCGCCCAGCUCAAGAAGCUCUACCAGGCCCGCGACGGCUUCUCCCUCAAGUCGUACCGCGACAAGUUCAACCUCAAGCCCGUCGGCUUCAACAUCUUCCGCACCAUCUGGGACGAGAACACGGCUGGUGUGAUGGAGCGCGCCGGUGUGCCGGGUGCCGACAUUGAGUUCCGCCCGAAGCGCGUCUUCUCGCUCAAGGAGCCCAAGAAGGCCCGCGGUUGGGAAGCCAAGCGCCAGACCGCCAAGUACAAGCAUCUGUGGAAGUACACCAAGCGCAUCAAGGGGUACUCCAACGCCAAGGGCUUGGUCAGGAGGAAGUAG